AUGUAUUUUGUGGACAGCGCCCCAGCUGAAUUACUUAGGUUCAAUUCUACUAAAGAUGCGAUAAAUUAUGCGAACAGAAAAGAAUUGAUUUCUCAGCAGCCUCAAUCAUAUUAUCCAACGAUUCGCGAGCUUCGCUGUCAAGCUCCAGUUCUUCGGGUCCGAGAAUUCAUUUCCAAAUAUGGGCAGCUCCGUUCGCUGGACCUCAAUGCCGAUGAAGCUCCCGAAACUCUUCAACUAGAAGGCAGAAUACGAUCUAUAAGAAAAUCUGGGAAGGGUCUUUACUUCUUGGAUUUGGUGCAAGAUGAGGCUAAAGUGCAAAUAUAUGCCUCUAACAAACUUCUUGGUUUGUCGAAAGAAGAGUUUGCUGAUAUUCACAUGUUUAUUCGGAAGGGUGACCAUGUAUCCUGUGUCGGAAACGCAUACAAAACAAAUGUUGGCGAAUUGACUUUGCGAGCCACAUGUCCCAUCAAAGUGGCGAGCCCCUGUCUCAACUUUGUUACUUUACCAGACAAGGUAAGCGACCGAAGCUUGAUCAAUAGCAACAGAGUUAUGAACUAUCUCGUCGACAGCCCGCUGAAGCAAAGAAUAUACGUUAAGUCUGCUGUUACCCAGGCGAUUCGUACCUUUUUCUUGAAUGACAGCUUCACGGAAGUUCAAACUCCAAUCCUCUCUGGCGCAGGAACUGGUGCCAACGCCGAACCUUUUCACACAGUUCUGAAAGCACUGCAAAUCAACAAGCUCCAACUCCGAGUCGCCCCCGAGCUAUGGCUCAAAAAGCUUGUUAUCAGCGGCUUUGAUAAGGUGUUUGAGAUAGGUCUGAACUUCAGAAAUGAAGGCAUCGAUGCAACACAUAACCCCGAGUUUCUCACUUGUGAAUUUUAUCGUUCGUUCACCUCUCUUCCACAGUUGAUGAGGAUCACGGAAGACUUGUUCAGUUUUAUCUACCGAGAGCUUGAAAAGAAGCAGUGUCUGUUUUCUGUACUUCAAGAGACUCUUCCCAAACUCACUGCUCUAGCCAGCAAUGACUACCGUAAAAUAGAAUUUAUCCCUGGCAUUGAAGAGCAAACUGGCGUGAGGAUGCCUUCUGAACUUGACACGGAUUCACUAGUGGCGUACUAUGCCGCUAUUGGAUUGGCACUUCCAUCCCAAAAAAGUCCUUCCAGCUUGUUAGAUAAUUUGUCUGGGGUAUACCUAGAAUCCUUGAGCAAAAAGGCAUCCAAUACUCCCUUCUUCAUUUAUAAUCAGCCUUCCGUCAUGUCGCCAUUGGCUAAGUCCAGCGUGAUUAGCUACAGUGGUGAUAGAAGGUACGAUGUUUCCCUACGCUUCGAAAUGUUCAUAAAUGGGAAAGAAUUCGUGAACUCUUACGAAGAAGAAAAUUCGCCCUUCGAUCAACGCAACAAGUUUAUUUUACAACAGCGCAAUAAAGCUGAUUAUCAAGACAACGAAUCGCUAAUACCUGAUUGGAAUUAUGUUAAUCUGAUGGAGUAUGGCCUACCACCUACAGGUGGAUGGGGCUGUGGUAUUGACAGACUUAGCAUGUUGUUCAGCGGCGCUCUGCGUAUUGAGGACGUGCUUACCUUUGGCACACUUCGUGAUGUGGUUAAGCAAUGA